AUGUCCAACUUUGACGUGGAUAUCGGUGCAAUGGACGAAGUGAUAUUCAGACUCCAAGGCAUAGUUAGCGACAAGAUGCUACCACCAAUGGCAAAGCCUGCUUUCCGCGACAGAACGGUCAAGCAACAACCAUAUUUACGUACCGCCAUUGCUAUCACGGGACUCGGAGACAUUGUGUUCAAUAAGGUGAUGGAAAAGCUAGAAGAAGUUUUCCUCCGUUUUGCAAACAAUUUUCCCGCGGACAGCGUCAGCGGCUAUGACCCAGUUCUUCACAAAGACACGGGUUUCAAUGUUUUCCAUGCGCAUAGCCAAUAUUUCACGAAGGUAUCCGCAUAUCAAGACAAAUCUGACAACAUAGGUUUUCAUCCCCUGGUCAACCCUGAUAACGUGUUGGCGUCCAUGGUAGGGGACAGUUUCAUCCACGCAAUCGAUAACAAGGUACAGUUUCUUCGUCGGGAGAUACUUCCUGACGGAACAGCCAGAUAUUAUUCUUAUAAUCCUGCCUCCAUACGAAUUGGAGACAUUGUCGAGAUCAGUGUUUAG